AUGUUAAAGUAAAAGUUGACUAUGACUUUGAAUUUCAAUAAGUAAAAGCAAAUAGUAGAGAUGUUUGAGGGUAGAAUAGAAUUAGACUAAAACUAUAAUGAUGGUUGCUAAUUCUUAUUUUCAAUCAAGGCUGAGUAAAAGGGUUAGUCUCCAUACUCACCAUUGAGACAGUCAAAUAACUCUAGCAUCUAUAAUACUAGAAGUAUGCAUAGUUCAUUUAAAUUCUAAGAUAUUGAAAUGGGGAAUGAUUUAAUAGAUAAUGAAAAAAAAUUAGUUUAUACGAACAGAGGAGCAAUGACAGAGUAAUCUAUGAUUUGUCAAACUAAAAAUUUCAAUGUCUUGAUGGAUUUGGAUUAAAAUGGUGAUCAAAUGAACCUUCUUCAUGAUGAGAAUAAGACUAUAUUAGAUAUGAACUUUAAAUUAAAGGUUCACAAGGCUACUAAUGGCUUGGAAGCCACAGUAAAAAUAAAAGAUCGAUAUGUUAAAAGCAUGAAAUGCUCAUGUAAAAAUAAAAAUUCGCAAGAGACUUAUAAGUUGAUUUUUAUGGAUUGUAACAUGCCAAUAAUGGAUGGAUUUUAAGCCACUCAAGAAAUACGAUAGUUUGAGUAAAAGAAUAACAUCCAUUAAGCAAGUUAUAUCGUAGCAUUAACAGCAUAUUCAACAGAUAUUUUCUCUAAUAAAUGUAAAGAAUCAGGUAUGGAUGACUUUACUACUAAGCCAAUCAGUGUAGACACUAUUUAAAAAAUACUUUCGAGUACUUUAUUCAAGUGA